GGACAUCAUCAUCAUCAUCAUCAUCAUCAUCAUCAUCAUCAUCAUCAUCUUCGCCUUUAAAAGGAUAGCUUGGGACUACUUUAUCGCCUUCUUUCGUUUGCCCUUUGAAUCUCAUAUAGAGACCUUUUAUUGCGUUUUAUCAUCUUCUCGAUUCAGCUAAGGAUUCGAUUGAUCUAUUCUUUGUUUCUCAGAUUAAUUCAAUCUCCUCCUCUCUUUGAUUCGUUUCCUUUCUUUGUUCUCUCCUCAGAUCUAGAUCUAGAUCUAGGGUUUUCUUUUUUCGUCGGGGAAUUUUGGCUGAUCUAGGCUUUGGUUUUUGGGAAUUCUGGUGAAAAAAAUCAAUAAUAAAGGAAUGAAUAUAGAUUUUCUAUGAACUACUCAAUCCUGUUUCGUCGGAUUCGAAUUCUACACUCUUUCUCCGUCGUUUAUCUCUACUACACCUACGUUUUCUCAUGAAUCAACGAAAUGGGGUCGUUGCAAAGGCAGACAAGUCCAGAAUCCGAUAAUGAUCCGAGGUACGCGUCGGUGACGGAUGAGAGGAAGAGGAAGAGGAUGAUCUCUAACAGAGAAUCAGCUCGGAGAUCAAGGAUGAGGAAACAGAAGCAGCUCGGUGAUCUCAUCAACGAAGUCACUGUUUUGAAGAACGACAAUGCGAAAAUCGCCGAGCAGGUUGACGAAGCUUCUAAGAAGUACGUUGAGAUGGAGUCUAAGAACAAUGUCUUGAGAGCUCAGGCUUCGGAGUUGACGGACAGGUUGAGAUCGUUGAACUCUGUCCUUGAGAUGGUUGAAGAGAUUAGUGGUCAGGCUUUGGAUAUUCCUGAGAUUCCUGAAUCUAUGCUGAACCCUUGGCAGAUGCCUUGUCCUAUGCAACCCAUCAGGUCUUCUGCUGAUUUUGUUUGAUUGCUGAGGAUUGGUUCUAAAGUUAGCAUUGAGAUCGAGUCUUUGGUCUUCUUGUUGUUUUUUUUUUCUUGUGAUGGUUCGAGUUUUGUAACAAUUAUUGUGUGUCAUUAGUGAAUGAGUCUUGUGCUGUGGAUCCCUCAGCACAAUUAAGUACUUUAUGUCUCUUGUUUCUGCAGUUUCAAUUUGUCCGGUCUUUGUUUGGUUUUGUAGCCAUAGUCCUCUAGUCAUGUGUCGUCUUGUCAUGUAAUUGGUGGCUAAUGUGUUAUUGGUGGCUAAUGUGUUAUUGGUGGCUAAUGUGUUUCUUCUUA